UGUUGCCAUUGUUGAUUUCGCAAGCUUCCCGCAACAGGUCACGUGAGCUUAGUUAUGUCACGUGACUUGAGGCCAGCCGCUGAGAAGUGAGACGCCAUCAGAGAGCUCCCCGUUGUAAGAUCGAUGGCGACCGCUAAGAAGCUGACAGAAAACCACCUCUCCUGUGCCAUCUGUACAGAGGUAUUCACAGACCCAGCCACACUUCAGUGUAAUCAUACAUUCUGCAAGUCCUGUCUGCUGAAAUACAUCAACACACAGCCGGAAGCAGUACAAGGCAAGUCCAUCCGAUGUCCCUCCUGUAGACAACAGACGAAAGUGUCCAACCCUGACAGUCCAGUUGAGGAGUGGGUCAGUCAGCUGAAACCAAGCCACGUCAUACAGGGGCUGUUGGACGACUUUGGACCAGGCACAAAGGCUGUGGAGGAACAUGUGUGCAGUGAAUGUACAAAACAAGGAAAGACAACUCCUGCCACUUCUAGGUGCUCUAUCUGCGAUGUUGUGUACUGUGAUGGAUGUCUGAAGGGGCACAACAUGGUGCCAGGGUUGUGUGACCAUGAAGUAGCUCACUUGUCUGAUCACACCAAGACAAAGGUCAAGCGUCGCUUCAUGUGUCAAGUCCACAGAGACAAACCGAUAGAGUUGUUCUGUAAGGACUGCAAGAAGGCAAUAUGCACGCUAUGCUGCAGUAUAAAACACAGGAGAUGUAAGGAUGUUGAUACAAUUGAGAGUAUGACCUCUCUUAUGACAGAACAACUGACAAACAAACUUGAGCAACUCAGAAUCAAAAUGACAACUACGAAUAAUAUCAUAACCCGGAGAACAUCUAAAAUUCAAGAUGUGAAGAGUAAUUCACAAACCCUCAAAGAUCAAGUCACAAAGACACAGGAGACAGUGAUGCGUGCUAUUUUAAGAAAAGAGAAGCAACUCCUUUGGCAGAUCGACAAAUCUACUGAUGAACAAUUACAUGAGUUACAGGCAGAUAUACAAUCCCAUGAGAUCGAUCUACAGAUGUACCAGCAGCAGUAUGAUGUCACAGCCAAUGCUAUGACGUCUAACUGUGAGAUGGACAUGUACGACGUUUAUGAGUCGAUGAGUGAGACGUCUCCAGGCAACAGAGACACGGGCUACAGACCAGCAGCAGGAAGGGUUGUAUUCACACACGACCUGGACAAGCUGAGUAAAGCAGUUGAUGAGCUACAGCUUGGGAAGGUUGAAGUCAUCCAUGAUGUGAGUGAUCCCGAGUCUUUUCCUAUUCUACAUCACACCAUUGAUUGCAAGGAAGCUGGGGACAGAAAGAAGCCUGAUUUGUUUGACGUCACAGUGUUGACUGUUGAUGACAUCAAAGUGACAGUAGUGGCAGAUUAUGAUAACACCAGUCUCAAAACAUAUUACACAUCAAACCUCCAAUCCUUUCAUAAGCAGCUUCUACUUUCUAAUGGUCCUUGGCAAAUAGCAAAGUUAAGUGAGAGUCAGAUAUUUGUCAGUGUUCCAAACAGUAAGGAAAUAGUUAAAGUGAAAGUUACCCCCAAUCCUGUAUUAGUGUCAAUUAUCAAAACAAGCAAAGUGUAUUGCGCUCUUGCCUGUCUGAAUCCUUCACAGCUGGUGGUAAGUAUAUAUGAACAUCCCCACUUGGUGGAUAUACUGGACAUGACAGGGAAGAUACUGAGAUCUAUCACCAAAGGAGUAGGUAAUCCUGACUACAUCCAUGUCUCCAGUAGCAACAACUUGAUAGUCAGUGAAAGAGCAGUGAAAUCCCUUGUAUGUGUGACCAGUGAAGGAGGCGCUGUUUUCACCUACACUCCCACAGGAGUCAGAGCUCUAUCACAUCCUUGGGGUAUCACAACAAGCAGCUCAGGAGAUAUUAUGCUUGUGGACUAUGACUCCCACAAAGUGAUUCAGCUGACAGAGUCGGGGCAUUUUUAUAGGGACGUUGUCACCCAACGGGAUGGUCUGGAGUACCCUCGUUGUGUCUGUCUUGAUGGUGACGGCCUCAUGCAUGUUAUUUCUGAUAGAUAUAUAAAAGUCUUCAAAUUCUGGCGACAUAGGAUGAAAAUAUGGCAGCUUUGAUCUUCAUACACAGUUGAAUAUUUCAACAGAUUUAAUAGUGAGCAUGCUGAAUGUUCUUGUGGUUGUUUCAUGAAAGUGCUUUAUAUAGACACUGAGAUUAGAUCUGAAAGCUAUUAUCAUUUUAAUGGAUAUGACCGUCCACCCGUCCUGUCAGCAAAAAGAAACACUUCUUAAUAACAUUGAUCCUGUAUAUUAUGUCUUCACUAUGAGCAAACGAUUUGUUUGUUUGAUUGUUUGUUGUUUAACGCCGAACUCAGCAAUAUUCCAGCUAUAUAACGGCGGUCUGAAUAAUCGAUUCUGGACCAGACAAUCCAGUGAUUGGCAUCAUGAACAUCGA